GCCCCCAGCAGUGCCGGCUUCUCAAUCUGUUGCCGGAAGCGGGCAGAGAGCCGCCGGAAAUAUAGCAUUUGGCUUCCGGAAGUUGAAGGCGUUCUCCCUGACCGUCGACUGAGGGGUCGCUGGUGUAUCGGAGCUCGACGCGAUGGAUCUUGGGGCGGCGGGACAGAGCCCGGAGGACCCCGUGGCGCAGCUGCGGAGGCUCAUCGGGACGCUGCGCUCCUUACUGCCGCGGGUGCGGGAUGGCGAGGCCAGGGAGACCACGGAGGUGUUCGAUGCCCACAGAUUUUGGGACAAGCUCGGGCAGAGGGCCCUGGCGGUGUCCCAGGAAGCCACGAAGCUGAGCCUGGCCUUCGCAAGACCUCCCCUGCCUUCCCCAGAGGACUGCAGAAUACUCUGUGAAAGUAUCCAGAAUGCCGUGUUGGCAGAGGUUUCUGCAUACUACUGGCUUCCCAAAGACCAAGGUAUCACAUUGCGAAAAAUGGUUCGAGAUACUGUUGUGGAUGUAGUGGAGGGAAUGGCCCAGCUUGCGGAGGUGAUUGUUAAAGCUCGACCUCAAUGCAUAUCACAUGAGUAUCUCAUAUCAACUGGCAGUAUCUGGGAAACCUGUGACCAGGUGUCUCACCUACCAAAAGAUAACAAAGCAGCAACCCUUUUAAUGCUGGCUUCAUAUCUGAGGGUAGUGAAGGAUGCACUUGAGGAAAUGGAGCAGGCACAGGGGGACAAUGGAGAUCCUUACAGUGACAUCUUGGAAGAUGAUGAAUUGGGAUCUCGGGGUAAUAGGGACACAUAUUGGUCAGAAGAAGACCAGCAGCUCUUAGCCCCAUGUAUGGGACUGAUGAAAGCCUCUAAAGCUUGCCUCAAGAAAGUGAGGUCUUCGGUGGAAACCCAUGGGAAGACAAUUGUGGCGGAUCAGGUUGCCCAGCUAGAUGACAUUGUAGAUAUUUCCAAUGAAAUCAGCCCUAGUGUGGAUGAGUUGGCGCUGAGCAUGUAUCCACCUUUGAAUCGGAUGUCUGUGCGACUCAAUGCUGCAAAACUUGCAUCUGUGCUAAAAAAGGUUCUUGAAAUCACAAAGGCAAGUCACGUGUGUCCCCAUGAAGAAGAAAACUGGAUCCAGUUUCUCUCGAGUGCCAUUGAUCACAAUAUGGAUAAAAUCAAGAACCUUACCCAGGGUGAACUUUGAGCCUUCUUUCCUCUCAUGGUGCCCCAACCAGGCUAUGAUGUCAGCUGUUAUGGGGGAGCCAGCAAGCCUCCAGGAUCAGGAGAGCUGUAGACUGUGCUCACGGAAGGUCGCGUCCAAAAAGCCAUUGAGUGGGAUGCUUUUUAUGGACAGAAACAAAAAAUUAUAUGCACUCCUACUUAUGCCACUUGGAUUCCUGAAGAGCUUUAUCCUGUAUAUUCUUUAUAUACAAUAAAAUGGUUUUGUUUGUUUCUGGA